UUUUCUCCCGGUGGGGCACUGAGAGGACUGGAGACGUGCUUUGCAUUGGCAGGCUGAUGAGGACACGUGCCUCCUCCCUGCCUCCCCCCAGGCUCCGCGGUACCGCAUUGGCAUCAGCCAAAGGGACCUGAAAACCAUCAAGCGACUCCUGGAAACGCCGCGCGCCGCCCCAUAACCCCGACGCAAGCGAUAUAAUAGACGGGAACCUGUGGCGCGUCUUUCGCCGUGCGUAGAGGCUUUUGCGCACGCCGCUGAACUGCCCGACAACUUGUGCGCCAGUCGGCGAGCGUCACAGCGCAGCGCCAAGAUGCAGAGACGGAGCGGCGACGUCUGAAGGUGACAUGAACCUGGGGAUAAUCGAAGGCAGCAGGCGCACACUGACCAAGAAGUGGAGGUAGCAACUGACGCCCGUCGGUGUCUCGAAACAGACCUUGCGCUUUUCCUUGCGGCUUUAUCUCAUGCGGAGAACCAGCUCCAACCCAAAGUAGCCUCGCGUUUUUAUUGACUGGGGGAGAAAAACACCUAAUUACGCUGCAAAACAUUUGCGAAUCGACACAGGAGUAAAAAUGGCGACGUUAAUCAGAAGCAAGCUCUCCAAUAAACUCUCAAACGCGGCCACGACUGUGUCCAAUAAAUCCCAGGCGAAGGUGAGCGGGAUGUUCGCCAGGAUGGGCUUUCAGGCCGCGACCGACGACGAGGCUCUGGGGUUCGCCGCCUGCGAUGAUCUGGACUACGACCACCGGCAAGGGAUGCAGAUGGACAUUUUGACGUCCGAUGAGAUGACGGGAGAAGGGAGCGGAGACGGAGGCGCGGUGGAGGGGGACAGCCACUACCAGAGGGACGGCACCGGCCCCCCGCACUCCGCCUCCAAGGACGGGGGUCCAACGAACGAGUUGACUGAAGUCAGACCAAAAAUCACGGCGUGGGAGGCGGGUUGGAACGUGACGAAUGCAAUUCAGGGGAUGUUCGUUCUCGGCUUGCCCUACGCCAUCCUGCACGGAGGAUACCUCGGACUCUUUCUCAUUAUUUUCGCCGCCGUCGUGUGCUGCUACACGGGCAAAAUCCUAAUUGCCUGCCUGUACGAGGAGGACGAAGACGGGCAGCUGGUGCGCGUGCGGGACUCCUACGUGGACAUUGCCAACGCCUGCUGCGCGCCCCGAUUCCCAUCGCUGGGCGGCCACAUCGUGAAUGUAGCCCAGAUCAUAGAAUUGGUGAUGACGUGCAUCCUGUACGUGGUGGUCAGCGGCAACCUGAUGUACAACAGCUUCCCCAACAUGCCCAUUUCCCAGAAGUCGUGGGCCAUCAUCGCCACCGCCGCCCUGCUGCCCUGCGCCUUCCUCAAGAACCUGAAAGCCGUGUCCAAGUUCAGCUUGCUGUGCACGCUGGCCCACUUUGUCAUCAACAUCCUGGUCAUCGCCUACUGCCUGUCCAGAGCCAGGGACUGGGCCUGGGACAAGGUCAAGUUUUAUAUCGAUGUCAAGAAGUUCCCCAUCUCCAUUGGGAUUAUCGUGUUCAGCUACACCUCGCAGAUCUUCCUGCCGUCGCUGGAGGGCAACAUGCAGAGGCCCAGCGAGUUCCACUGCAUGAUGAACUGGACUCACAUCGCUGCCUGCAUCCUCAAGGGCCUGUUCGCCCUGGUGGCCUACCUGACCUGGGCUGACGCCACCAAGGAGGUCAUCACGGACAACCUGCCCCCAACCAUCCGAGCCGUCGUCAACAUCUUCCUGGUGGCCAAAGCCUUGCUGUCGUACCCGCUGCCGUUCUUCGCCGCCGUCGAGGUUUUGGAGAAGACAUUUUUCCAGGACGGCGGCCGCGCGUACUUCCCGGAUUGCUACGGAGGAGACGGACGCCUGAAGUCGUGGGGACUCACCCUCCGCUGCAGCCUUGUCGUGUUCACCCUGCUUAUGGCGAUCUACGUGCCGCACUUCGCCCUCCUCAUGGGUCUCACCGGCAGCCUGACGGGCGCGGGCCUGUGCUUUCUACUUCCCAGUCUCUUCCACCUCAAGCUUUUAUGGAGAAAGCUGCUGUGGCAUCAGGUUUUCUUUGAUGUCUCCAUCUUUGUAAUAGGAGGUAUAUGCAGCAUAUCUGGGUUUAUCCACUCGAUGGAGGGGCUCAUAGAGGCUUUCAAAUACAACAUAGAAGAUUAGAUGCGAGCCACCGCUUGAACUAGAUGUUAACUGCAAACACCCAUUUUGUUCAAAUAAUAAUAAAAAAAAAACCCCACAGUACUUCCCGACAAGCGCGGCCCCCUCUGCUUAAUCCAUGCGUAAAAGCGCGCGGGACACACUCGCCGACAUCUCGCGCGCACUCAUACAGUCUUGCAUCCGUUCAGAAAAAAUGCGCGCGCGCACACACAGAAGUAGAGGCGGCGGCUGUGAAGGAAUCUAAUGCAUCCACAACACAAUAUAUGGACAGUAUAUGUUGUAUAAAUAUGCGAGCAAAAGUACAUAUACAUAUUUUCCAGUGGAGUGAACGUUUACAAUAUUGACCUUAAACUAAAUUGCAAAAAGGGCAGUUUGUCUUUUUGUUGCUCUUGUGGUGCUUCCCCACAUGAGACUUCGCUUCAUGUAACGCUCCAGUGUGUGAUGGAAGGACAUUAGACGGCAUAAUGUGAUUUACUGAUUAAGUUUCUUUUAAACGGUCUAAAAAUAUAUUUAAAAAAGCCACUUUUAUCGAGGUGAUUUGCAAUAUGAUUAUGGGCAAUGAAUGUGAUGUUAAAACGCAGAAAAACCAGAGAGACGAGUAACACAACGGCAAUAACCAGCAGUAGAAGCACAUGAAUGCAUAUAGAACUAUUUAAAUAAAACGCGGCGUUUAGUUUUGAAAAGAAUUGGGCCUUUUUUCCCCUGCGCAGUUUAAAAUCACAAAAAAGCUCACGAAACGGGGCCUAAACAGCAGCUACAUAAACUAUGCAUUGAAUGUAGAAUAUGUCAGACACAAAACACCGUGAAACUGGGAAGUGGAAAUGAAACAUCCUCCAAAUUCUUCAGCUCUGAUAAUUUAUGCAUAUUUCUACCUAAUACCCGACAUUUAAUUCAACCUUUCAAGCGUCGAAAACCAAUAUUUAAAUGUGCUAAAUGCCCACAAUUGGCUUAAAGUCCAGCGGAAUGGGGACCCGAAAAUGAAAUGCACACUCGAUUCAAAGAUACUGUUUUACAUCACAUUUUAAAAAACAUGGCCUGUUCUGAAAUUUAUUUAAGACCACCGUGUCCGAAAUUCGAUGUCUGAAAAUCUAAAACAAAGACCAUUAGAGGAAAACGUGCAUACAGACAUUUUUCAUUCUGUGCAAUCCAAUGGGUCCUGUGGAAAUGUUAUAAAACCGUAUGUGUAGUGUGUUGUUGUGGUUUCAAAAAGAUGGAAUGUAUAUCUCAAAGUCGUUAUCAUAUAUCGUGAAAUUACUAUUAAAGAAUAAAGAAAUAAGUGACAUUAUAUUGUAAAAAUGUGUGUGGUUUUAUGUAAAUCGAAAACGGUCAGAACAUGUAUUUUUUUUCCCCCUCUAUAAUAAAAAGACAGAAAAUGGUGGAGAAAA